AUGUGCUGGAUGAUAUUGUGUCACGCAGACUGGCCUGUGAGCUCAAAGUGGUGUUUUAGUUGGAAGACCAACCAGGAAGGGAAGAUAGACAAGUUCAAAGCGCGUCUGGUUGAUAGGGGGUUUUCGCACAUCCCGAACGUCGAUUAUUUCCAUUCGUCUUUCCCUUGCCCCUCAUCCGGAUCCAUUAAGCUGAUGCUUGCGGUAGCCAACGAGAAGGGCAUGAACCUCAAUCACUGGGAUGUGAAGCAGGCGUAUACACACGCCGCACUAGAGGAGGAGGUAUUUCUGAGGAUCCCCGCUGGGUGCGGGGACAAAUCGCAUAAGAUUGUUAAGGCUGAGGGUGCGAUUUAUGGUCUGAAGCAGAGCGGUAGGCAGUGGGGGUACCACGCUGCUGAUACGCUAGUCGAGAACGGGUUGGAGCAGUACAAGGCGGACCCGUGUGUUUUCCGCAAGAUGGCAGACGAAGUCGUGGUGAUGAUUAUCGUGAUUUACGUGGAUGACAUUUUGGUGGCUGGGUCUGACGAGGAUUGCGAGGAGUUGCUUGCUUCUCUCAACAAGAAAUUUCCCACCAAAAACCUUGGAGAGUGUCAAUGGUUUGAUGGGUAUGCCAUCGAGAGAGUAGAUGCUGGGACUCUUAAAAUAUCCCAAACCGCGUAUAUCGACAGCAUGGUUGAACGCUUCGAUGUGCAAUCAACUUCCCGCAUCCCCGCUACCCCUGAUGCCGAUCUAGGGCCGAAGC